UUUACUGUCUAUGAUAUCAUUCAGAUACUGUGAUUUUCAGUCAGUCGCACAUCCGUCACAUUCAUGUGAAAAAAUCUUGGAUAUUGCUGAUAGAGAAAUGGGUAAUAUAGACCCGUACAGUAUCUUUACCCCUUCUUGCCAUGCUAACGAUAAUCAGCUGGUUAAAAUGUGUAUGUCCUGUCUGCUGCAGGGUAUCCGAAGACUCAGAAGUGCGUAUGAUCCUUGCACCGAGAAGCACAUCACUAUAUACUUCAAUCUACCCGAGGUCCAAAGGACUCUACAUGUUGGUCCUGAUCAUAAGCCUGCUAAAUGGGAAACCUGCAGUGAUGUGGUGGAUAUUAACUGGAAGGACUCUCCUAGAUCAGUGCUUGAUAUAUAUCGUCAACUUAUUCCUACCGGGCUGCGAGUAUGGAUUUUCAGUAGUAAUACAGACGCUGUGAUCCCGGUGACGUCUACUCGCUAUACCAUAAAUGCUCUCAAGCUUUCAACUGUGAGCCCUUGGCGCGCAUGGUAUGAUGGAUGACGGGGAGGUAGGAGGAUGGACUCAAGAAUACGCCGGUCUCACAUUUGUUAAUGUAAGAGGUGCAGGCCAUGAAGUUCCUCUGCAUAGACCAAAACUUGCUCUAACAUUGUUCAAAGCCUUCUUAGCAGGAACCUCCAUGCCUACUCUUGAACUAGUCACCCUCGUCGCAGCCUCUUGAUACGAUUCAUUCAAGUUAUGGCUGUUACAUUGCAGGUUGUGUGUUUUUCAUGGAAUGUUUUUCAAUACUAUUCUUUCAAACAAAACGUUUUGCUCACUUUUCGUUCGAUACAUUAUGUAACAAUGAACAUUACUCUAUUUAUCAAUUUUUGCUGA